AUGACAACAUCAUGCUUGGCAAUAGAAAUAACAAUUUUUUAUAAAGCUGGACCUCAAGAUAAGAGGAGAUUAAUAUUUUAUUACUUUGCAAGCUAGAUACUAGAGAAGAUUACAAAGAAAAGAAAGACCAUUAGAAAUUCAUAAGUGAAAAAUUCGCAGAUGUAGAUGCCAAAAGUGGAAUAUUCACAUUUGGAGGUAUUUUCUUGGCUUUAGCAACAAUAAGGGAAGAAAAAUUAAUUACCUCUAGAAUUUCAAGUAUUCCAUUCUUAAAUGGAAUCUUGGUUUUGGGAAUUUUUGGUUUCUGCAGUAUUUUCGUAUAACUUUUCAUAAAUCUUAUUUGAGCCCAUCUUUGUUUAAAAAAAACCAGAGGUAUAUAGCUUUUCAGUGUUUGAUUUCGCUUUGGCAAAGAAGGAAGCCAGAUUGAAGCAAUUAAGAGCAGAGCUAACAAGCGAUAGUAGUAAUGCAGCAUAUUUCUGA